AUGGCAGCAACAUCUGCGGCGGCGCCUGCAGCACUUGUUGCAGCACUUGUUAAACGACCUUGGAAGCUGUUAACCAUAACUAGUCCUGGCAACUAUUAUUCAUAUGCUGAAAGUACUUGGAUGGAAUUCCAUGAACCCUGCUGUGGUGUUUGUGGUUUAUUUAUUGAAAAAGACCCGAACGCCAAGGAAUUUUUCAGAAAAGUCGAUGGCUUUACUCCAGAGCAAGGUAAUCCGUAUUAUAUCAAAAUUUCCCAUGACGAUAUUCAGGGGCACCUUGCUGCCGGCGAAUGUAAUUGGAAGUCUAUAUACAGGGCCAUCGUAAUGGAAGGCCCAAAUGACCCCUUUCUCAGCGGUGUGUCCUACCGUCAUUCCGGUUUCUGUAAGAAAGGAGGCUACCAAUUGGGCGUUCCAAGAAAUAGUGACGAUGUUUUUCUCGUCAGAAACGCCAUUCAUCCCCGUAAUAUUAGCUGGUUCAAUAGACCUGCCCGGUGGUCUCAUGAGCCAUUCCCGGUGAAUUGCGGCUUCCCUAUCCAUGAGUGUUGUUAUCAGCUGCUCACCAAGUUCUAUGCACCCGAGCACAAGAUAAAAAGAAACACAUUUCGCCUUCUUGUUGCUUUCGCGCGCGAACAUUGCACCAAAAUCGAAGAUUUCUCCCGUUUCGGUCCACCACCGGAGGGAUCCGAGGCAUGGAAAACAGUCCAAUACGAUCCUUUGUUUAUCACAAACUACUAUGAGGCGCUAGAACGCUCCCUCGAGUGUUACCAACGAGGUCUACGUGAUGGCGUAGUUGAUAGCAACCCAGGUGUCAUGACUCAGAUGGGGUUCUACAUUUCACCCGGUAGCUUUAGUCGAGUAUCGGAGGACAUUGCCCAAAUGAUCCUGGAUUUGCUUGAUGGAGCAGAUUGGCGAAGACUCAUUUUGGGAGCUGGGUUCAAGAACUGGACUCCCGUGGGCUAUAUUAUCAGUCUCUAG